AUGGCUGACAACAUGCGCCAUGUUCCAAAAGGUUCAAUGACAUAUGGUGAGGAUGGAACUGGUGGGCUGGCAUCCUCUUCAAAUCAAACGGAUGAUCUCGAAGACGAAAAGGGCGUUUUUACUCAACUUAAAAUAAACCCGUCAGAGCCUGAUCCGGCGGCUUCAAAGGGUUUCACCUUCAGCCAGGUUAACUGCUGGCGACCAGGAAGCAGCGGGAAGUUAGUCUGCUGCAACUUCUCUUCCGACGGCAGGAUCUUGGCAAGUGCUGGACAUGAAAACAAGGCUGUAGUUUGGAACAUGGACACUUUCCAGACACAUCAUUUACCAGAAGAGCACGCUUACCUUAUCACCGAUGUCUGUUUCAGACCUAACUCUACACAGAUGGCAACAUCUGCUUUUGACAAAACAAUUAAGCUAUGGAAUGCUACAGAUACUCGAUUCUCUCAUCAUACAUUCUCUGGGCAUAAAUAUCCAAUUGUGUCACUAGAUUUUCAUCCAAAGAAGACAGACCUUUUGUGUUCUUGUGAUAGGAAUGGUGAAAUCCGGUACUGGGACGUGACUCAGCUUACCUAUCUGGGUGCCAUGAAGUCUGACUUUGGACGGGACGGUCCUCUCGUUCGUUUCCAACCUAGCACUGGACAAUUACUCGCAGCUACUACAGGAAAUGUUGUCUCUAUAUUUGACGUUGACACACGUACCAAAAAGUACACCUUGCAGGGCCAUAACAAAGACGUGCAGUCAGUGUGCUGGGACAACACUGGGGAGUACCUUGCGUCUGUCAGCCAGGAUCUAGUUAAGGUGUGGUCAGUAUCAUCAGGAGAGUGCAUUCAUGAGGUCAGCUCAAAUGGAAAUAGGUUCUAUUCUUGUGUGUUCCACCCAAGUUAUACCAACCUCUUGGUGAUUGGAGGCUACCAGUCUUUGGAGCUAUGGGACAUGGUAAACAACCAAAUUAUGACGGUACAAGCUCACGAAGGUGUAAUUGCCGCGUUGGCACAAUCACCGGUAACCGGGAUGGUGGCUUCCGCGAGCCACGACAAAUCUGUCAAGCUGUGGAAGUAA